AUGCCUUUCGGGCAGCUUAUCCUCGGGAGUCCCGGAUCGGGCAAAAGCACCUAUUGUGAUGGCAUGCACCAGUUCAUGGGCGCCAUCGGCCGGCAAUGUUCCGUUAUCAACUUGGACCCUGCUAAUGAUCAGACAAACUAUCCCUGCGCGCUCGACAUUCGAAGCCUAGUAACGCUGGAGGAGAUCAUGUUAGACGACCACCUGGGGCCUAACGGAGGUGUCCUGUAUGCGCUCGAGGAGCUGGAGAACAACAUGGAAUGGCUCGAAGAAGGACUGAAAGAGCUGGGCGACGACUAUGUCCUCUUUGACUGCCCCGGCCAGGUCGAGCUAUACACGCACCACAACUCGUUGCGCAACAUCUUUAACCGUCUGCAAAAGCUAGGAUACAGGCUAGUAGUAGUCCAUCUGUCCGACUGCUUCUGCCUCACGCAACCGUCGCUCUACCUCUCCAACAUCCUCCUCUGCCUGCGCGCCAUGCUGCAGAUGGACCUCCCCCACAUCAACGUCUUGACAAAAAUAGACAGGGCGGCUAACUACGACCCGCUACCCUUCAACCUCAACUACUACACAGAAGUGCAGGACCUUUCGUAUAUCAUACCGGCACUCGAAUCCGAGUCGCCAGCCCUGCGGAGCGGGAAGUUCAGUCGGCUAAACCAAGCAGUUGCGAAUCUGGUCGAACAGUUCGGGCUCGUCAGUUUCCAGGUGUUGGCUGUCGAAAACAAGAAGAGCAUGAUGCAUCUCCUGCAUGUGAUAGACCGGGCAAACGGGUACGUUUUUGGGGCAGCCGAAGGAACUAACGACACCAUCUGGCAGGUGGCAAUGCGGAACGAGUCGUCCUUGAUGGAUAACCAGGAUCUCCAAGAACGGUGGAUCGAGAAUAAGGAGGCAUUUGAUGAGAUCGAAAGGGAGGAGGAGGAGGAACAGCAGAAACUGCGCGAGGAUCAAGCCGAAGCUGCUGUCGAGGCUGCCCAGGGUGCCGAUCUUCUGUCCUCACUGCCGGUCUCUAAUUCGGGUAUACGGGUAGUACGUAAGAAGAAGUGA